UAUACACCAUCUUAUUGAACCGCGGUUAUCUUUUGGAGUGCUUCGAAACUUAUUGAACAAAAACAUGCGAAAGUUACAAAUGAUCUGGAAAAGCACGUAAUAUAUUGGGCACUUGGCUAUCGUUGCGAAAAAUGCGUGUUUGAAUCUGUUGACACUCUAUUGCUCAGUGUAGCAUAAAGUGUACGUCGGUGGAUUAAAAGUUCUGCUUAUAAAACAUAGCAGAAUCCCAAAACGUCACAGAAGAACUAAAAGUUACAGCUUGCAGAGUCCGCCUUUUGCUUCUUCGUUGUAUAUGCCGGCCAAAGUAGAAUUAAGACAAGCGAACACUCUCGCUUGGAAUAAAGGCAAAGAUGCUUCGCAGUACAAGAACCUUGACAGCAAUAUAAAAAAGAACACGACGUUUAUUAAGAAAUGCAAAACUUCACUUGCUGCCGAUUCGACACAACAAUUACUCAAUGAUAUCAAGAAAUUGAGCUUAGAAAAAUACGUUUCUGAAGUAGUGGGUGCUGUCCUUGACGGCAUGCUCAAGUGUAAAUCAACAACUGAUAUUGCCGCUUGUGUUGAGGUUAUAUCGGCGUUGCACCAACGAUUCCCUGAAACGUUCACUCUAUUGCUCACAUACAAUCUCGCCAAAGCACUGCAAAUUCCGUCUCGACAACACUUGGCUUCGUUGGCCCAGGAUCAACGCGAAAAAGAAGAGUCGACGCGUAUAUCGAGACAACGCACGUAUCUGCGGAUCUCCGUCGAACUAUGGCUUGCUGGUGUGCUGCGGAACGUAGAGGAUGGAAUCCCGUCAUUGGCGUCGACGAGCUUGGAAGGGGUUGAAUCGCAACGAGAUGGUGUCGCCGGAUUUGUUGGAUCAUCUUCGUCUACAUCACUCAAGACACGAAAGAAAGACGGUGAUAAGGAGGAAAAGAAAGGCAAGGUUGAGAGCAAUUUCGUAUAUCGUGUCCUAAAAGGAUUGCUUUCAAGUGAUCUGGAGCAAAAUGUCAACUUGCCUAUUGCUGCGUCGUUCCUAAAAAAUUAUGGACAAGAAAUCCUUGGUAUUGUCCCGCGCAAGCAACGUGCAGCGACUCAACAGAACGAAAACCCUGACGAUGCCGCAGUAACUACGGGUGCAACAAUCACAAACAUUGAUAGUGAUUCGACGGUGACACCAGAGAGCCGUGCUAUGUUGAAAGGGCUGUUUGUGGACUACUAUCGCAGUGUUGAAAAGCAUUUGGUCAAGGAGCACAAGCAAAUAAAAAAGCUGGAUCAUCGUAAUCGUGAGAUUCUCUUUGCUCGAGGUGAACUGUCGGAUGAAAUCAAGCAGGAUUAUGAAAAGGUCUCCAAGUCAUAUGAGAAGCUUUUAAAUAACACCCAAACGCUUGCUGAUGCAUUGGAUUUGGAAAUGCCAGAGCUUCCCGAAGAAGAAGGUGUGACCCGAGUCUCUAUUGUGAGCGCGGGUGCAGCCCAUGCAUUCUCCGAUACUAAAGAAUCUUUGGCAAAUGGCAUUUGGGAGGAUGAGGAUGCACGUAAAUUCUAUGAAGAUCUACCAGAUCUACAUGUACUUGUACCCGGUGUGUUUCUUGAAUCCAACCCCUCCAAGAAGACGGACGGAUUAGGCGAAGGAACAGAACAGAACGACAAAGAGGAAACAACGAGUGACGAAAAUCCAGGCGUUGGUGAAACAGGAGAAUCGGUUGUGAAUGGUUCAGUUCAGGGCGAUGAUGAGAACGAUGAAAAGGACGACGAGGAUGUUGAUGCUUCGGACAUUGUGGAUAAGGCACUCAAUAGCACUAGUACCGAUAAGGACGAUGAAAACGGCGCAAACUCAAUGCCCUCGCAACUCGCUCAAUUGGAUGGUCUCAUUGCUCGUUUAUCAACGCUUGGAAAUCGGGACUUGAUUGAUAGUGCUGCAGUUGAGUUCUGCUACUUCAAUUCAAAAAAUGCACGAAAGAGAUUAGUGAAGGCAUUGUUGAAUGUUCCUAGGCAACGGGUUGAUUUGUUGCCUUAUUAUUCCCGUCUCAUUGCCAUUCUCGGUCAAUAUUUUUCGGAUAUCAGUGAAACGGUGCUUGCAGCUCUCGAUCACGAAUUUAAAGGUCUUCAAAGAAAGAAAACACAAGACCUUUUGGAAUCUAGAGUAAAGAACAUUCGGUUCCUAUCUGAACUUACCAAGUUCAAAGUAACACCGUCACAUACCAUUUUCCAUGUAUUCAAGAUUGCACUUGAUGACUUUACACAUCAGAACAUCGACAUUGUUUGCAACUUACUGGAAACGUGUGGCCGUUAUCUACUCAAAUCACCCGAAACCAGUGUCCGCAUGAACAACAUGUUGGAGGUUGUGAUGCGAAAAAAGAACGUGCAGCACAUGGAUAAUCGUCAGAUGUUGAUGAUCGAAAAUGCAUACUAUCAAGCAAAUCCUCCUGAUAGAACUGCUAUUGUGGAAAAGGAACGAUCGCCUAUGGAGCUUUAUGUCCGUAAACUGAUUUAUGGAGAUCUCAACAAGAAAUCGCUCGACAAAAUUCUAAAACAGUUGCGCAAACUGCAUUGGGAAGACCCGGAUAUCUUCCGGAUGAUGUUGAAAAUCUUUCAAAAGGUGUGGAAGAUCAAGUACAGCAAUGUUCAUUUGCUUGCCAUCCUGGCGAGUGGAUUGCAUCGCCACCAUUCUGAUUUCGGUGUGCAGCUUAUUGACAGCGUCAUAGAAGAGAUUCGUAUUGGCUUGGAGCAAAAUAUUUUCAAGCAUAAUCAAAGACGAGUUGCAGUGGUGAAAUACCUUGGCGAACUGUACAACUACAGAAUGAUUGACUCGCCUUUAAUAUUCGAUACACUGUACACGAUCGUUACUCUCGGUCAUGAAUUUGGCCGGCCUGCGCGUGAACGAUUCUGCCCCAUGGAUGCGCCCAAUGACUUUUUCCGUAUCCGCUUAUGCUGCACCUUGUUGGAUACCUGUGGAAUGUGCUUUGACCGUGGCAGCUCAAAGCGUAAACUGGAUCACUUUUUGAUCUUCUUCCAGAUGUAUAUCUUUACAAAAGCAAAGCCUCCCAUGGAUGUUGAUUUUAUGGUGAGCGAUACAUUGGAGAUGCUUCGUCCGCAAAUGCACAUCAUUAGCUCGUACGAAGAAGCCAACGAGGCCGUCGAUCGCAUGUUGCUUGAACAACUCAAGUCUGUCCAGGGAUCGGAUGGUAGCAAAGUUCAAGAGGAUGGCUUUGAAGAGAGCGAGGAAGAAUCGACCAGUGACGAAGCCGACGAUGACGAUAAUCUGGACGAUGCAGAUAAGGAUGAUGAAGAUGAGGAAAAUACAGAAGAGAUCGGCGAAGAAGGUGCAACGGUGGAUGGUGACGAAGAUGUGGUUGUGUUCAAGAAAAAGCAAGAGCAAAAAUCCAAUGAAGAUGAUGAAGAGUUUGAACGUGAAUUUAGCCGCAUGAUGAGCGAGAGUAUGGAAUCCCGUAAAUUCGAAAAGAAGUCUGCUGUACUGGAUGUACCUAUUCCUAUGAACCUUCGAGGCGCGCAAGAUCGUCGUACCGCAACUGCUCAAGAGAAGGACAUUAAUAGCCAAGAUAAGAUGUCGUUCACAUUAUUGACAAAGAAGGGCAAUCGACAACAGACGCGUACGAUGGAAGUACCAUCUGAUUCUAUUUUGGCCGUCAGCACGCGAACAAAACAAGAAGCGGAACGCGAGGAGCAGCAGCAACUCAAGAAAUUGGUGUUGAGCUAUGAGGAGCGCGAAGAAGCUGCUGCGCGUCAAGCUGCCAAGGAAGAACGUGCAAGACAACGAGGAGGGUUCCGCGGCAGACGUAUUCUUCAUAUGGGUGGCGGUGGCGGCGGUGCCUAUGCAGGAAGGCGGUAGAAAAUGAUGACUAGGUUACCCCAGCAAGAGCAGCGCGCUGUCAUAGAACGCACAAACCAACCAAGGGAGGUACCAUCCGAAUUUUGUCUUGUCUUGGUCCUUGCACCCACCCUCGUACAUCCACCCCAUCAUCCUCAACAAACAUCAACUGGCACUCUCGAGUAGAUGAUGUUUUCUCUUCUACAUUCUGUUCAGCUAUUCGAAGCAUAGGCGUUUGGGAACAGAAUAGCGCCAAGACUACUGCUUAUACAAACAUUCGAGUAAUGCGAAUGAAAUAAAAACCUCAGACCGAGAAUUUGAUCACUAGCAGUCCCACUU